UUUUGAUUGUGAUGGAAAAGCAAUUGAUGGACGCCGUCAACAGGCUAGAAAUCAGAGAGAUCAUAAGCUUAUUAGAAAGAGGAGCAAAACCAAGCACUUGUUUGGCAGAUGGUACUCCUAUUCUACAUUUGAUGGUAGGAGGAGAACGUAUGCCAUUGCAGGAAGAAAUUGCUGAGCUUUUAUUGUCAUAUGGUUCCUGUGUUAACAAACAAGCACAAGAUGGCAGUACAGCUCUACACGUUGCUGCUAGUUGGGGACGGAUGGACAUGAUUUAUCUGCUGGUGUGUAAUGGGGCUGAUGUGGAUAUGCAAGACGAAGAGGGCUAUACUCCAGCAGAUGUAGCAGCAUUUCACAAACAUCAAUCAUGUGAAAAGUGGCUACGAUCAUGUUCUACAGCUCUAGUAAUGGAGAGUAGUAUUUUCUAUAUGUCUCAGAUGGAAGAGACAGAAACAGAUGAAGAAGAGGAUGAGACAAUACUAUUUGUUGAGACGCCUGAGAUCAGUUAUGGUGAGGAAGUUGAGGAGCAAGAUGGUGAAGACGACAGCAGCUGCAGUGAAGUCCCAAGUGCGAUAUUACAGAUGACAAAUAAAGAGUUACGAGAGGCCUUGAAAACCAAGGGAGUUGAUCCGGGUCCAUUCUCAGCAUCAACGAAACCGUUGUAUGGAAGGUAUCUUCACCGUUUAGAGCAAGGAAGAGCAGAGGCAUCCAACUCUAAACACAGUUUCCCUAAUGUCUUGUCUCAGACUCUACUGUCUCAAUCACUUCCUGAGAUGUCAGAUAUCGAAGAGCAGCUCAGACAAUCUUUUGCAGGUAGAGAAGAUUGGAGAGAAGGCAUCCUAAAAACAGCAUUCAAUUAUAUCAUCAUCGACCCACGUCAACUGCCUGAUGAUUUCUUGGAGAGAUCAAAGAGAGAUCUAGAGCUCUGUCACAAGAUUGAAUCCUUCAAACAGUUUAUAGAAAGUAUCUUCUAUGUUGGAAAAGGCAAGAGGUCAAGGCCAUAUCAACACCUGAGGGAAGCAAUCACAGAUAAGGCUAGUAAGAAGGUGGCUAGGAUCAGAGACAUCUGGAGUGACGACAGAGGAGUUGUAUCACUACACAUUUUUCAGUCUGCUAUACCUGUUGAGGCUUACACUCGGGAAGCGUGUAUGAUUGCAGCUCUUGGUCUGUCUCAUUUAACAAAUGUCCAGAGAGGACAAGUGUACGGCAUUGCAUGCACAUGGUCACAAAACCAAUUGCAAAAAAUGGGGGUAUUUUAUUUGUAUCGUGCUUUUUGUAUUUUAUUGAGCGAAGGCUUGUCUGAAAUCAAGCUGAGACAUUUCAAAUCCUAAUUUGUAGUUUGUACACAUUACUUUUCAUACCCCUGAUUUAAUUUAAUUAAACACUGAAUUGUUCUUAGCGAUUAUUGCACGCAGACUAUCAACUGUCCUAGAGCGAGAAUGCACGUAUUUUAGUGCCUUAAAUGACAGACCUAGAGUUCAAAUAAAACAAGAUAUAAUUAUAACAGAUUGCGACUAAUCGUCAGUGCUUCAUUUCUGUUCCGCUGGAAGGCAAAUAGAUAUAAUCUGAUGCACAGUUAAGCAUUGACUUUUACCCUUUUACUUCACAAAGAAUCUGACGCAUAGCUAUAGCAGUAGAUCACAAGCAAAGGUCUAGACGUAACAGUACUAGUGAGACAUGGCUGCUUACUAUGGCAAGCUAGAGAAUGACGUCAACGUUAAUACUACACCGCCAACCUAAGCCUAGGAAUCGACCGACAUUGACGUAGAAAUUAUCUAAUCCAGUGACUUCACACUGGCGAAAUAGAGAUGGUAGACUACACCGGUUACUUACCGUGAUGAUCUCAGUAUAUAUCACUACAGUUGCAGGGUUGU